GGGCAGCCCCGACGAGUGAAAGGCGGACAAAGAUAUCAAGUAAAAAAUAAUGGCCUCUUCAGGCACCCCCACCGACUGGCAAAGCGGAAAGACGCUGUCGCAGUGUAUGGACCACGUAUUCACGUCUGCCACAGCUAGUGAUGUAACCUUUCUUGUCGGUGAAGACCAGAAAAAGAUACCUGCCCAUAAACUGAUCCUUAUAAGCAGAAGCCCAGUAUUCUACGCCAUGUUGGAGGGUCCAAUGGCCAAGAAAGGGGAGAUAACCAUUCCGGAUAUAACCGAAGACGUCUUUCAGCUCUUUUUACGAUAUCUGUACACAGACACAAUCAACUUGACGGAGAUGAACGUAGUACCUGUGUUGAAUGCUGCCAGGAAGUACUGUGUCGACAUUCUAGUUACCAACUGUGAAGACUUUCUGAACAAAAGGCUGUCAGCGGAAAAUGCUUGUCUGUUCUUGGAACAUGCGCAUGUUUUCGUGAUGGAUAAACUGAAAACCGAGUGUUUAAACGUGAUAGGUGAAUCUUCAACAGAUGUACUGCAAUCAAAGGCUUUUACUGACCUAUGUCCGAGUUGUUUGACCAGUAUCACGGAAUCAGAUGACCUUCAUGCUGAUGAAAGUGACGUGUAUAUGGCCGUUAUCAGAUGGGCUGCAGCUGAAUGUAGCCGUCAGAACAUUGAGAGCAAUCCCGAAAACAAACGGCAAGUCCUUGGAGAUAUUCUGCACACAGUGAGGUUCCCGAUAACUGAUUCCGACUUUUUCUUCAAGCAAGUUUGUCUAGAUAAAGUACUUCCGGGGGACAUGGUACUGGAUGUAAUCAACUGCAUCAUGCACGACGAGGUCAAGGAUGUGCCUUGGCUCAAUAUGAAAGCCCGAAAAUAUACUAAAUUUACAAGGGAGAGUGUAUGGCGAUUUAAGGAUUCUUUGAAUGGAAAGUUGUACCGCCCAGGUUACCCUGAAGCUAUUUCCUUUAAGGUUCCAUGCGCAAUGAAACUAUACGGAAUUGGGUCAUUUUUAACUAGUACAGAGCCUAGCACGGUUGAUAUAGAGGUGUAUGAUGGAGAUAUUCUUCUCUACAGCGGGAAUAAAUUACCCCUGGUCAAAAACGAUUCUAUGGAUACAGGCAAUGUUUUGCUUGCGGAGCUAAUUCCACUAUCGGCUGGAAAAACGUACACAAUCAAAGAAGUAUCAGCAGCGUAUAAACAACACUACUCCAACACGGGUUUAAAGAACGUAGACUGUAAAGGGAGAACAAUUACUUUUAUGAGCAGUUCCACGAGCACGUACUCGACGGUUGAUAUGGGUCAGAUUCCGUUUCUUAUCAUAGGACCAUAG